AUGAGUUGUGGUUAUUUAUAUGAAAUACGCCGAAAAUCUGAAGAUUUCGAACAACAUUUCGUAGAUAAUAAACGGGAAAAUUCAAAUCUCUCGGAUAAUUCCAAAGAUGAAGAAAUCUGGGAAGUGCCAGAAGAAAGUUUUGAAAAUGUCUAUCAGCAAAUGGCUUGUAAUGAGGAAUUACCGGGGGAGAAUAAGCAGCAAGAUGAUAUUAAUACGAUGACAGACGUGUUGACUCUAAAACAAUUCGAAAAUACAAAAACAUUUCAUAUAAGUUUAAGUACGGAACAAAUUGCAUUAAAAUCGCUAAACCAGAAAUCAAUCAAUAAAUCAAUUAAUACGGAUACGGAUGUGAUAAAGUCAAUGACCAGCGAUAGCAAGAUUACAACCACUACCACCACAACUAAUGCCGGUGGCAACAAAGUGCAAUGGAAAAAUUGUAAAUUAUCUAACAAUAACAAAAACAAUUCUUCCUCGACGUCAUUACUUAAUUUUACAAUUGUGCCCAUAAAUGUAUCAUCUCAGGGGCAAAAACAAAAAACUACAGAUCAGGAAGAAAUUAAAACUGUUGAAAAAUUCCCGGAAAUAAAGUUAACUUCUUUUUCGACAAGAAAAACAUCUUUAAAACCAAUUACACCAAAAACGUCCAAUAGUGGAUUUUAUAUGCAUGACUUGAAAUGCUCUUCAAAUUUACCACGGCGAAAAUCCUCGUCAGGUUCCGAAAUUAAUAAACACAUUACGGAAUGUUCCACAUCUCCAGAAUCUUUAUUGGACAAUAUUUUAAGCGGUGCUUCUUCAGUGUCCGUUCAGAGUAGUAGUCUAAGUAGCAGUGGCUUAAACGGUGAUUUAGAAGUACAUACAUUUAAACAAGAAAGCAAGAGUCCUGAGAAUUUGGCACAUUCUUUAGCUUUGAUACCAAAUAAUAUUGCCCGAAAUAGUUCAGGUAUUUUGAAGGAUCAAAUAUCGGAAUUACAAAUUAUUACAGCACCCAAUUUAUCGACAAAACAACAAAAAGUAAACGUAGGAACACAUGCAUCGCCUUCCUCGUUGACUAUUAGUAAUUUGUCGCAUUCGGAUUCGUUUGAAACAGCUUCGAACCGAACAAGAAGUCCCUCUAACUCACCACUUCGUAGCUUAUCACCAAGGGUACCAACAGAAGUUUCACUGUAUCCGGAUGAUUUACGGUGUAAAAUUUGCAAUGAACUUUUUAAGGACCCCAGGAGUUUGAAUUGCUUGCAUUCAUUCUGUUUUCAAUGUAUUGUCAAUGAAAAUUUUAAACAAGACACCAGCAUACCAAUUUGGUCACAACCACAAUCUAUUCAGGCUCCACAAGUUUCUUCGUCUCAAAAGCAAUUCGACGAGCAGGAUUACAAAUUUUUGAAGUCUCCCAAUAAAAAUGUAUAUUCGAUUUCACCAGAUAUACAAACGGUACAAAGUAAUAUAGAUUUAUCGAAUUCGUCAUCACACCAAAAGCGAGUAACAUCCUUUAGUUUUAAAAGAAAAAAAUCGGAUCGUUUAGCAUUAAAGAAUAAAUCCGAUAACUUGUCUGUCACACUUUCUCAACAAAGUUGCCACGGAAAUCAAAGGCUGCAAACAGAAAUGACUCGUUUGAUAAUGUGUAAAAUAUGUCAAUUUCCAACGGAAGUGCCCGUGGGAGGCAUACGUCAAUUGCCUCAGAACUUGUUGAUAGUGCGUAGAACUGAAGAAAUACGUUUUAAAGUCGGAGAAGAGGUUAUAACAAGAAUUUGGUGCAGUUUGUGCUAUGAAGAAACUACCGCUACUUAUCAUUGCUUAACUUGUAUUUUAAAUUUUUGUACUCUAUGCAAGGAGUCACACGAGCGACAAAAGAGCACCACAAAACAUAAUAUUAAGAACAUUGUAGAUUUGCGACGUUCGCGAAAAGAACAGGGUGCUCAGUUCAUAGAUAACUCAAAAUUUAUAUUAAAAUGCAGCUUGCAUCCGGGAUUUGAUAUUAAAUCAUUUUGUGUGGUAUGCUUACAAGUGGCCUGUUCCGAUUGUUUAAUACUGCUACAUAAGGGACAUAAGUACGAAACCAUUUCGAAAUCUGUUCAUAACUUUGGUCGAAUUUUAAGAGAUUCUGCCGAGCAAACUAGACCCAUGUGUACUUAUGCUAAACACUCGAUAGGAAAACUUAAUGAUAUUGCUAAGAACAUUAAUCGUAAAUGUGAUAAGAUCCAAGCAGAAAUCGAAGAAUUUAUGACCAGCUAUUGUGAAGCUGUUGAAGACCAUAAAAAUACACUAUUGCAGCAAGUGCUCAGGGCGAGAGAAUCUAAAGUUGAAAUGAUUUUAGAACAGCAAUUGGAUUUGGAAAAACGAACUCAGGACGCAUUGAUGGCUGUGAAAUUUAGUCAAGAAUUAACUGAUAUUGCUUCGGAUGUGGAAAUUUUAUCGUUUGUAAAAAUUCUACUAAAAAGAUUUGAAUAUUUUCAACAAUUUAAAGCUCCCAUAGAUCCUAAGAUUUCGGAUACAUUACAUUUUCUACCAAAAAUUAGAGCACCAACAGCUAAAAAUCAAAAUGAUAUACCCUUGUUUGGUAUUAUUACAAUGCAAACGGUGGAACCAUCAUUGUGUACAUUGCUGUGGGAUGGUAUUUCGCAACUACGUCUACACAAAAAAGCUGAACUGGUCCUCAUUUCUCGAGAUGCUGAUGGUGUUUCACUGUGUCAUGGGGGUUUAAAAAUAAAAUGUCAAAUUAAAUACAAGGACAAUCAUGCAAAAGUGUUAGCAACAGAGAUUUUCGAUAAUCGCGAUGGCUCAUAUAUAAUAUCCUUUACACCAGACUCUCAGGGUACCAUAAUACUGACAAUUACUAUAAACGAUAAACCCAUUAAGGGAAGUCCGUUUAGCUUUCAAGCUCGUGCUUUACGCCCUCAUAAUGGCAUAUACCAUUGUUGUGCUUUUUGCUCGAGCAGGGGUAAUAAAAGCAUAAAAUGCAGUUGUGAAGGUCGUAUGCCAGGUUUUAAUGGUUGCGGUCAUGGCCAUACUGGCCAUCCCGGUCAUCGUCAUUGGUCUUGUUGCGGUAAUGUGUCAGAAAAUUCUGAAUGUAGUGUUGCUAAUAAAUUGUUAAAUUCAUAA